AGGGGCACCGUCCAGGUCUCUUAUGGAGCAUCGGCAGUUGAGGCGGUGUCCUACCGCAAUGCAGAUGGACAACCCCUGCUUCGACGACGACGUCCGGAAGGGCGUGUACACGAUCGAGCGACUCCCAGACUGCGCGGCCAAGGCUGCCCAGACCGAAGGCCAGAGGACCCCCAGGUCGAAGGUGGCAACACUGGCGGCGGCCCUCCUCUUGGGCACCGUCAUCGUCCUCCUCACCACCGCGGCUCUAGUCUACACCCUCAGGUCCGUUCACACGAACUACCGCUCAAGCCCAGCAUCUACCAGCUCAUGGGCAUCUGAACUGAUUGUGAGCGGAGAAUUCAAGAUCAUGAACGAACCUUUCAGAUCAUCACUGUACAAUUUGUUCUCGCCUGACUUCAAACAGCUCUCGAAGCGAAUAGAGAACGAAUUGGAACUUCUGUUUGCCAAUUCUGUUCUGUGGGCAGAAAUGCAAGGGGUUGCAGUGACCAGUUUCUCGCCAGGACUCCAGGUCAGGUGUAGCCUUGCCCUCCAACCUAAAGAUAGCCUCACAAUAGGAAAAAUAGGUUUAGCUUUUCUUGGGGGCUUGAAUCACUCGCAUGGUCACCUAUGGCUUGGUCCUUUCACUAUUGAUGUUCUCUCAAUUGGAUUCCAAGCCAGGACAGAUGAGGUCUCUUGGUCACAGUGGUCAGAUUGGAGUGAUUGCAUGCUGUUUGGGGCGGAUGAAUUAGUGAGAACAAGAAGAAGGGUUUGCCUUAGCUUGGAUGGCCUUAAACUGAGCAGAUCUGAGCCAUGCCAAGCCAUAUCCAAACAGGAUACCAAGGACAUUGAGUUCCAGCCUUGCAUUACUACAACGCCUCCACCAACAUUGCCCACUGCAGAAAUGAUCUCUUCUUCAAAUAAGGAUUUGGCUACACCUGAAACCAAGCCUUCAAAUACAAGUCAAAUGACAACUACACCUUUUAAAACAUCAGAAACUACUACUACUAAUAGUACUACUACACCUACUACUACGACUACAACUAAUAGAACAGAAUUACCUACCACUACGAGUUCUACAACAACAACUGCUAAACCGACUUCCACACGUUCGCCACCAUUGAGUUUGACAUCCACAAUUACAGAAGCAGGAGGUUGUUCAUUGUGCACCAUAGGUGAAGUUUGCCUAGCCCUGGAAGGUGAUACUGUACCAACAUGUAAAGCUAUAAUUGACCAAAAGGACCCUACGGGUUGCGGAGGUUUGUGCCAACUGGGCACUGAAAUUUGUCAUAGGUUGGGGCAAGGGGCUUAUAGGUGUGUGGAUGAUUCAAAAUGCUUGGAAAACGAAUGGCAGUGUGGAAACUCUCUUUGCAUUCCGCUUAUAAAAAGGUGUGACGGUCACUUCAAUUGCUAUGAUCACACAGAUGAAAACAAUUGUGAUUGCGACCUUGAUACUCACUUUCAGUGCGGUAAGAAUCUUUCUUGCCUACCAAGAACUAAAAGAUGUGAUGGGAUUGUUGAUUGUUGGGAUGCUGCUGAUGAAUCAAACUGCACCAUAGCCUGUUUGGAUGAAACACAGUUCACCUGCAACGACAGUCAGUGUAUUCCUAGUAAAAAUUUUUGUGACGGAUUUGUUGACUGUAAAGACCAUUCGGACGAACCAUUUGGGUGUGGUGGAGUCUGCAAAAAUCAUGAAUGGAGAUGCAGGUAUGUCGAUUUAGUUUCAUGCUCUUUCAUAUUCAUGUGGCAGUGCUAAUGAAAACAAAAUGUUAAUUUCACUAAUUGCAUUACAGUAAUGGACGUUGCAUAGUCAAGAGAGAUGUUUGCAAUGGGCAUGACGAUUGUGGAGACAACUCAGAUGAGAUGAAAUGCGGAAAGAGGAGGGGAGGAAACAUAUAGAAUAUAUUACACUUAUUCUAAACCAUGGCCAAAGAUUAUUAAUGAAACCUGUGGUACUGCAUUUGUUUAGUCGUAUAAGAAAAUAUAAAAUAAAUAAGAAACUUAAUGACAAAUUUUAGAAAAUUUUAACAAAAUCUAGGCUUUUAAAGCGUUUUAAAAAUUUGUUUUAAUGUAAAUAAAGUCUUCCCUUCAUAAAUGAAUUGAAAAUGAGUUAUAUUCGCUCAACACAAUUUCUUUGUAUAGAUAUCAUUAAAGUGUACUUAAAUUAUUUGUAGAAUUUAAUUUUAAAGUUUAGAUUUUUAUUGAACUUCCUGUUUUAGUGAGCUUGAUGUAAAUAUAGCAGUUAGUAUAGUUUCAUAUUUAGAUAAUACAAUUUUUUUUUUUUUUUUUUUAUUCAUACAAUUUCAUCUAGUGACGCUGAGUCAGGUAUUAUUGUAAAUUAUAUUUUUGUAACAUAUUAUUCUCGAUUAUAUUUCUGUAUGUACUUCCGUCCUAAAUUACUUACUAUAAAUUAAAUCGCUAAUAUGUAAUUAUAAUCUAAUAAUAAUAAAUUUAUUCGUAAACCUAAUUAGGUGAAAUUGAAUGUUCUAUUUCAAUUGUAUGUUAGUUACCCUGAUAAAUACAUAAAUUUAAUUAACAUUAUUUGCCAAGUUUGUCUAGCUGAAGUUAUUAGUUCCUUAUAUGUCAAAAGGCAUUCGAAAAUUAUGAAUAAACUUAUAUUUCUUUUUUUAAGAGAUUUAUUUCCUACUAUCCUCACAAAAAUUUGGAACUAAUUACAAAAGAAUGUCCAAGUUAAGUUUGCCUGGAUUCAAAUAUUAUUGUGUUGAUGAAAACUGACAAAAAUUGUUCAACUAUCAAAUAUAACAAAGGCAAAAUCAUAGAUGGGACAAAUAAAAUCUGUAUAUUGACUUUAUAGAUAAAUUGGUACAGUAGAUUUUAUAAAUAGAUGUGACUCUGAAUACUUCACUGUUUUAUAUCAUAGGAUAAUAAUCUCUUUCAAGAUUUAAC